ACCCAACUAGUCGACCUUAAGCCAACUUAAAGUCAAAGUCGACUUAACUCAUCUUGCAUCCAUUCGGAUACGCACUACACUAACGGUAUACUCGUACAGUGCAAGUACGCGCGUGAAACCACAGUGUAUUCGUUGAUAAUCGCCAAUGUUCGGACGCUAAUCCGCGAGUUUAUUUAUAAACAAUGUAUUAACAAUAAUUACAUCACCCAAACACCACCGGGAUACGAUGAUGCAAAUCUACUAAACAAAUCAUUCUGGCGGUCUUCGUGGAUAUUCGCUCUCGGUCGUAGGACGGGCGCCCCCGGCGUCUUUUAAUAGUGCCACCGUCGCCGUCGCUCGAACCGCACCGGUUCGUCCGUCGUCAGCAGCCGCACACCACUACAUCGAGGAGGACCAAAUGUCGGGCGACGUGCAGCCGAGGAAGCGGCGUGACAAGAAGAAAAAGAAAGAUGAUGUUGAAGAAACAUCCCCUCCACUUCCAGCACGUGCGCGUAGUCUGACUCCAUUGGAGAACGAUGACGUUAACAUUCACGUGCAUAAAGAGGGCGGCACUGGUGGUGGAAUAUGCGCUAAGUUAGUCUUUUUUGUACUUCUUAGCGCGCUGGCAGUGCUUGUGGGUUUGAUUUACACUGAACAUCGUGGAUUAACUGAUCUUGAUACAAUUGAAAGGGAAAGUCGUUUUACGCAAUAUUUUGAAGGGUGGGUGGAUAAUGCACCUGAAGAACAUGAUGAUCAUCAUGGUAUAGCUGAUCAUGAUGAUGAUCACGAUGAACAUGAUGAUCAUGAUGAUCAUGAUGAACAUGAAGAAGAGGAACAUGAUGACCACGAUGAAGAAGAAGAAGAAGAUCAUGAUGAUGAUCAUGACGAAGAAGAAGAAGAAGAAGUAGCUGCUUCCGAAGAACAAGAAGAAGAAGAAGAAGAAGUUGAAGAAAGUGCUCCUGAAGCUAGUCAAGAAGAAGAAGAAGAAGAGGAAGAAAUAGAAGAAGGCACUGAAGAAGCAGACGAAGAGGAAGCUACCCAAGAAGAUGAAGAAGAAGCCACUCAGGAAUACGAAGAAGAAGAAGAAGUCAGUGCAGCAAAUGACGAAGAUGACGAAGAAGAACAAAAAUCUGAAGAUGCAGAAGAAGAUAACGUAAGUGAAGCACCAAAGACUGAAGAAGAUCAAGAUGAUGAUGAUCAAGACGAAGAAGAAGAUGCUCAAGGUUCCCCUGAACAAGAUGAAGAAGUUGCAUCCAAGGAAGAAGUCGCUGAUGAAGAAGCAGAAGCUAAAUCAGCAGAGAAGGAUGAUGAAGAUGAUGUUGCUGAUGAUGCCCAAGCUGAAGAUGCUGUAGAAGGUGAAGAAGGCGACGCCGACGCCGAAGCCGAAGAACAACCAAUCAGUGUCGUGAAGGCGACCGUCGGGCUGGUCAUAUUGGUGGUGGCGUAUGUUGUGCUGAUAAGAAAGUGGAAAUCCGACGAAGCAGCUGGUAGUGAAGAAGUUCAAAGUAAAAAAGAUGUGCAACAGGAUCUUGCCAGGAGAAAUACUAUUGUUGUACCACCGAAAGUGGAGGAAGUGGAUUUGAAUUACGAUGAUUAUUCAGAGGGAGAAGAUGAUGAACCCUAUGAUGAUGAAGAAGAAGAAGAAGAGUAUGAGAUCAGGUUUGAUCCGCAAGUGAAGAAAGACUAUCAGAAACUUAGAAGCACUUAUGAAAGAUCCCUUACUCCAGAUAGUGAUAGAUUUGACAGGGAAGAUGAAGAACCCGAAGAGGAAGAAGAAGAGUUAGAACCUGAAGAAGAAGAAGAAGAAGAAUUAGAACCUGAGGAAGAAGAAGAAGAAUUAGGACCUGAGGAAGAGGGAGAAAUUGAAAUUGAAAUUGAAGGCGAAUACGAAGAUGAAGAAGAAGAAGAAGCUCCCGAAGAAGAAGAACCAGAAGAAGAAGAAGAACCUGUUUCCGAGGAAGAUGACGAAGACCUAAUGAAGAAACUUGAAGCCAAGUAUGGUAAACUUACAGGAGGCCCACAACCAUCAGGAGAAGAUGACUAUGAAGAAGGAGGAGAUAUUGAUGCACAGUAUGAUGACGAAGAACUGGAUCCAGAAGAAGACGAUGAAGAUGAUGGUUUUCCUUGGACACAUGGUGGAGCUCAGGAAGCAGCUGUACCUGAAGAAGAGUCCUGGCAAUCCGCACCGUCAUACGACCAUGAAAACAUCACAAAUGCAGAUGAUUUCGCCAUCUAUGACCAACUGGACGAAGCUCAAGAAAACCUUAAUGUAAACGCUGCUUUGGCUCUGACGCAAUUCGCGGCCAUUUUGAAAGUAAAUCCUCGCUCACCGCGUGCCACCUACGGUCGAGCACGCGCACUCGAUCAACUUGCCGAGCAGCGUCAAAGUAAUCAACUACUAACCGAAGCUAUUACUAACUAUCAGAAACUGAUGUCCUUCGAUGGAGUGCCACCAGCUUUAUUCAAAAUGGCGGCGGAUAGAUGUAUCAACAGAUUAAGAUUUAUGGGACAGUAUUCCAAAGCAAUAGAAGUGCAUCGUUUACUAAUUACAAAAUUUCCUGAUGAGGUUAUCUAUAGAAACCAAUUAGCAGUGACAUACCUAACCACAAAUCGAAUGGAGGAAGCUCGUAAGGAGUUAAAAUUAAGUUUGGAACGUUGGCCAUCCGAUGGGUUUGCCCUGGUUCACUACGGCUUCAUUCUAAAAGUCCAUGACGGCCAUCUUAAACCCGCCAUAGAUUAUCUUCAACGUGGUAUUGCCACUAGACAUGAAGGUGUUAUUGAUGGUCGAUUUUAUUUCCAUCUUGGCGAUGCCUUAGCUCGUUUAGGUCGUCAUGAUGAAGCCACUGCUGUUUAUCAAGAUGGCGCUAAACAAAAUGUCUUCCUAUCUGCAACACAAAGAUCCUUAUAUAAUGUUCCUACAUUGAAGGGGCAGCCAUGGUGGCGUCAUGAGGACACCCCACUUUCCUAUCGUUCAUUCUUCAAACAAUUAGAACGUAAUUUCAAAGCUAUCAGAGAGGAAGGCCUCGCUGUGAUGAAAUCACGAGGUUCAUUCCAAGAUGAAGCCGAGAACUUGAGGGACAAAGGAGAUUGGAAGCAGUUUGAAUUGUUUGCCAGGGGAAUAAAACAUAAGAAACACUGCGAGAGGUGUCCUCUGACAUGCAAACUAGUAGAGGUAAUGCCGGAAGCCGCUGGUUGUCGCCGAGGACAGGUAAAAUUCAGUGUGAUGUUGCCGGGGACGCACGUGUGGCCACAUUGUGGGCCUACGAAUUGCCGAAUACGCGCGCAUCUUGGACUUAAAGUACCUGAGAAGACCUUUUUAAGAGUUGAUCAGGAAAUAAGGAGUUGGAAAGAAGGUGAGGUUAUGAUCUUUGACGAUAGCUUCGAACAUGAAGUAUGGCACAACGGAAGCGACUUCCGGUUGGUUUUAAUCGUGGACCUGUGGCAUCCUGAGUUGACAACUGCUGAGAAGCGCUCUCUACCGGCGAUCUGAGAUACUAUGAGCGCAUUCGUUAUCGAUUUUAUGCACGAAAUUUAAUGAUUCAUCAUUUACAUUGUGUACAGUUAUGUUUUUUUAUAUAUAAAUCUAUGAUAAAUACAA